UUCUUUCUAACGAUAAUCAACACAUAUGCGCGCAAUUUACAUAUGACACCAAACGAGACGUUUCUUUGUGUGCGUAAAAAAACCGCGUCUCAGCCAAAUCUUGUCGUCGUUGUCUUGUUAGUUUCGUUAAAAACAUUGAGCUUGUUGGUUGUCUGGCCACAAAAAAAAAUCAAAACACGUGUUUACAUAUGGAAAAAUGCAUGAAACGGCAAAGUUUAUAGGAACCGGGUUUGGUAUCAUCGUCACCUGGUCAAUAAAUGGCUUGAUUCAUGAAAAGGUUGUGAAGCAAGAUUACGUCGAUGAGGACGGGAAUGUCGAGAAUUUUACGUGUUUUCAAGCUUUGGUUGGACUUUUGUGUAUAAUUUGGUUUCUGAUUGCUUUUGCUUGUCACAAUAUUUUCAAGGAACGCCGUGACACAACGCGUCAUAUUUUGUACCUGAUUUCGUCAGUUUUUUACUUGACCGCUACUUUGUGCACGAAUUACGCGCUCAAGUGGAUUUCGUAUCCCGUGCAAGUGAUUGCCAAGUGUGCCAAACCCAUUCCAACGCUGAUUUUGACGACAAUUAUCGGCAAGCGGCGUUACAAGUGUCAAAAAUACUUCUUUAUUGUGCUUAUUGUGUGCGGUGUGGGACUUUUUAUGUACAAUAAAGACAAGAAAACGAAUAUUUCCGAAGCUGUGUGGUAUGGAGAGAUCUUACUUUUGGUCAGUUUGUUGCUGGAUGGCUUGCGAAGUGGCUUCGAAGAACGAAUUCGACACGAAAGUGCUCCUGCCCCGUUUUCCAUGAUGCUUGCCAUUAACGGUUAUAGCGCCGUUUUCCUCACAAUUAGCGCUUUUGUCACGGGAGACGCCAUAAAUUUCGUUAAAUUCGUCGGAAAGUAUCCAGAAGUCUUGUAUUUGCUCAGUGGCAUGGCUUUCAUCAGCGGAAUCGGACAAGUUUUCAUCUACAUGAUGUUGUCACACUUUGGCGCGCUUUCAUGUUCCGUCGUUACAACAACUCGGAAAUUCUUCACGGUGCUCUUUAGUGUCGUCGUUUACGGUCAUUUGAUAUUUUACUACCAAUGGAUCGGCGUGGCGAUGGUUUUCGGUGGAUUAUUUGCGGAUAUUUUUUUCGGCGACAACAAAAGUAACAAGGAACGAAGGCAGGAACUGAAAAAACGGGGAGAUACUGAACAGGGACAGGACGAGGAAACAAAGGAAAUGUAUCCGCUUGAUGAAAAUGGGAAACAAAUAACGAUAGUAGCUGCUGCCACGACAGACAAAAAUAAAAAUUUUAAAUAAAAGGAGAUCAAUAUUUUUAUACUACUUUAAAAAAAAAAUGUUUUAAACAUCGCCGUCGAACAAGGACCGAGGACACGUUUUAAAUUGAAUUUGUUCGUUCAAGGUUAUUUAAAGUUUUGCCGAAUGCAACGACGAAUGAAUAGCGGCACGUUUUCGGAAUAAUUUCAGUCGUCACGAAAGCAUGAAGAGAAAAUCGAUACUGAAGUAAAAUUAAAGACAAAAUGUACGGAAAUGCAAUGGGAACGUCCAAUGUUAAGUGCCACUAAUGUUCUGCCAAAUUGAAGUUUUUUUUUUAUGAAAAGAAGAAAAUUUUGCUGCGGGAAUUUGAAGAACAUUAAUUUUUGAUUAAAAAAGAUCCAUUUGCAUUUAAGGAUUUGAGCAGAAACAAUGUAAAA